GUAGUAUGGCCAAGGGGGAAGGAAGACCCUUUUGCUCGGUGGCAGAUACUUAUAUGUAUCCCAACUUCCCCCGCCGAUGUAACGGUAUCAGUGCAGAACUAGACACGAACUUGUGUUCAUCAGCGUCAUCUACUUCUCUGUUUCCAUCUAUCCAUUCUCCUUUUCCUUUUCUUGAAUCACUACUUCUAGCGCCUACAGACGCAAACGCAACAUCCCAUACCACCCCUUUCUUUAUCUCCCAAAAUAUCACCGAGCACCAUGAAGAAAACAGCGUGCAGUAGCCCAGCCCCAUACACGCGUGCAGAAACGCCACGAUGUUGAGCCGGCUCUCACGCCGUCGCGUAUGCGGUAGCGUGGCUGGCUUGGGAAAACUAAGGAGAUGCAGACCCGCUUGACGAC